AUACCUUCCAAACAAACCCUGCCAUUUCUUUUAUCUACGCUCCUUCCAUCUCCGCCGUACCAUGUCGGAAGCACCACCGUCUCAGACACCGCCUCAAGCCGCUGACGCACCUCCGCCGCCAUACUGGUGCUAUCACUGCGAGAAGCGCGUUUCCGUUGAAACGCCCGCCAAUCUCCCCGACGUCGUCUGCGGAGAGUGCAAAAACGGCUUCGUGGAAACCAUCCCCACGCCGUCGCGCUCGCGCACGCCCUCCGCCUCCUCCGAUGACCCUUACUUUGGCUCGCAGUUCCUCCAGGUGCUUCGCCUCAUCGCGCAAUCUGCACGUGAUGAUGACGCGUCGCCGCCGCCGCCGCCGAGCCGUUCUCCGGAGAACGAUUUCCUCAGGAUCGAGCUGGGCGGCUGGGACAACGACGAGGAGAACGAAAUCGAGAACGAUGACGAUAACGGUGACGAGGAGUUCGAGGAGCAUGAGGAGGCGGAGGAUCGCUCCGGCAACGAGGAUCCGCACGGAGAUGACGAGGAUCUGAGAAGGAGAAGGCGCGAGCUGCUUCGUCUUCGGAUUAGGGAUUUGGCGACGCGCACGAGGAGCAUGCGGAACCGGAUCUUGGAUUGGGCAGAAAUUCUGAUGGGCCUGGAGGACAAUUCCAUUGAGUUCCGCCUCAGGGUGCCGGAAUCCGACCGCUACGUCGGGAAUCCGGAGGAUUACGUCGACGCGGCGGAGUACGAGGCGUUGCUGCAGACGCUGGCGGAGACCGACGGCGGAGGCAGGAGAGGAGCGCCGCCGGCGUCGAAGUCGGCGGUGGAAGCCUUGCCGACGGUGAAGAUUGCGUCGGAGAGUGAAACUGUGGUGUGCGCUGUAUGUAAGGAUUUGCUGGGUGUUGGAGAGGCCGCUAAGAGGUUACCGUGCGGGCAUCAGUAUCAUGGAGAUUGCAUUGUUCCUUGGUUGAGCUCUAGAAAUUCUUGCCCUGUUUGCAGGUUUGAGCUUCCAACGGAUGAUAGGGAAUAUGAGGAAGAGAGAGUGGUUAAUGCUGCUUCUUCGAAUUCGAACGGAGCUUCGAGUUCCGGUGGAGGUGGAAGGACCAUUGUUUGAUUCCGCUUGAAGAGAUGUUGUUUAGGACUUGGGAGAGGGAAAGAAAGGAAGAGUGCAGAACAGAGCUUAAGGUAGCAUCCAUAAGUUUUUUUUUUGGUCACUGUUCAGUUCAGCAAUGGAAGAAGCAUUUGAGUACCAGUCUAAUGUCCAUUGUGUGAGUAACGUAAAGAGGCUACGAAUAUCACUUAUUCGUUAAGGGAGGCAUCCGAAAAGAUUGAACUCUAAAGAUUUACUCAUGUGAAUCAAGCUGGUAGCUUGAAGAUGAAACUAACACUUCCGUUUCAUUUCUCGAGCAAUUUGAUUAGCAUGGGUUUUGUGAGUAUCCGAUUUCAUUAUUGUCCCUGCUCUGUUAAACUAGAAUGAGAAUCUUAAUUUGAAACUUGUCUGUCGCACAAAUACUCUAGUGGCCAGGAAAGAGGAACAACAGAAAGGCGCUGCCAUUUUUCAAACAAAGAAUGAGAGAAACUGGAACAUGACUGCAUUAAUGGGCAGGAAAACAUACGAUAUGAAACAGGAGAUUAAUUUUAUAAACUAGUUGUACCACUUUGGUGGAGAAUUUCGUGGUUCAGGAUAUUUUUCUAUCUUUAUAGGAUGGAGCGAUGUCUAAAGACGCUGCUCCUAGUAUCUUUAGUUUUUCUUUUUUUUUUACCUAAAAAGGGAACAGGCAUGACUCUGAUAAGCUCUCUAGAUAGACCAGAUAUUGUCUCUGCAUUUUGGAAAAGGAGAGGUUUGAAACUGUUUCUACCAUACUUUCUGUUCCUUUGCGACUCAUCAACAGUGUUUGAUUUGAUUAAGGACUUC